GUUCCCCUCUCCCAUGGACGACCUCUCGCCGCGCGUGGAGAUGGCCGAAUCCGACGCGGCGGCCCGGAAGAUGGCCAACGGCGAGGCCUCCGACGACAACGGUCGCGCCGUCGAGGUCGCCGGUGGCGAGGACACUUUCCCCGCGGUGCUCCGUAGCUUCGUGAACGGCGUCUGGCCGCCGCCCGGCAACGGCGAAGAUCCCCUGCUUCAGCGCCUCCGCGCCGCCUCCUGUGAGGCGGCCCCGCGGCUCUGGGACGCCUCCAGGAACUCGGCGAGAUGA